AUGAAAGCUUUCAUUGCUCUCUGCUGCCUUUUCGCCUGUGCGUACUCUUUACCAACAUUCGAUACAACAUUAGAUUCAGCAUGGGUAUUGUUCAAACGCACCUAUGAAAAACAAUACGCAUCAAAUGCAGAAGAAACAACGCGUCGAUCGAUCUGGGAAGACCAUAUUGCUCUUAUCAGAAAACACAACCUUGAAGCUGAUCUUGGCUUACACACUUACACAUUAGGCAUGAACAAAUACGGUGAUCUGACCAACCAAGAAUUCGUUAAACAAAUGAACGGUCUUGAUCUCGGUUUAAAUGUUAGCUUUUCUGGUACUUGUGACCAAUAUGUUGCUUCAGGCAACUUGAAACGACCAGCAUCUGUUGAUUGGCGAACAAAAGGCUACGUUACACCAAUCAAAGAUCAAGGUCAAUGCGGUUCGUGCUGGGCUUUUUCAACUACCGGUUCACUCGAAGGACAACACUUUGCCAAAACACAGCAACUUGUUUCACUUUCCGAACAAAACUUAGUUGACUGUUCAACCACAUAUGGUAACUUCGGAUGCCGUGGCGGUUUAAUGGACAAUGCCUUCAAAUACAUCAAAGAAAAUAGUGGUCUUGAUACCGAAUCCACUUAUCCAUAUGAAGCUCGUGAUGAUACUUGUCGAUUCAACACCAAGAACGUUGGUGCCACCGACACUGGUUGCAAAGACAUCAAACAAUACAGCGAAGAUGAUUUACAAGAUGCCAUUGCCACAGUCGGCCCAAUUUCAGUCGCUAUCGAUGCUUCACACACAUCAUUCCAACUUUACAAAUCAGCUGUUGGUUAUGACACUCAGAACGGCCAAGAUUAUUAUAUUGUCAAAAACUCAUGGGGUACAUCAUGGGGUAACCAAGGUUACAUCUGGAUGACCCGUAACAAGAAGAAUCAAUGUGGUAUUGCUACAUUGGCCAGUUACCCAACUGUCUAA